GUCUUAAUCAAAUGUAUUUCAGUCUAAUUGAUUGGAAUUCUUUAACAUUUGGCUAGAUUUUCUGGUUAAUUAAACCUAAUUAUAGUAGUAGCCUGACCGAUGAUCUGACAUAAGCUUUGAUCGCCACCUUGAUCAAGAUAUCAUUGGUGUGCUGUUGAUCCAAUGACAUUUAGUCCCAAAUCGGUAACUUUCUUGGACUAAAUUAAGUUUAUACUGUUGAUCAUUUAAUGAACAGAUGAGUUCCAUAGUUUUCUGCAUGUCAAAGUGUAGUUAUAUAUCUAGAAAGCAAUUAAAAAGUCAAAUGAUUAUGUGGCCCAAUACACUCUUGUUGAAAGUUAAGCGUGUGUUCCAUCCAUCAAUCGCUAUACUGUAUAUUAGUUGUAGUGAAAGUGAUGUCUAGUUUUUUAACAGGACUUGUGGGCUGUGUUCUCUCUGUAUUCAACAAGAUUAUGUUUUUAUUUUUAAUUCUUUUAGAAACUUUUAGGUGCGAGUGAAGAGAAGGUCAAAUUUGACUUUUCAUGCAAAUUGAGAUUAUGGGUGUUUGUGGAAUUUGAACAUAAUUUUUAUGUCCUUUCUAUUUGGCAUCACUUUCAUAGAAUACUCUCAUUAUGAUCUUUUGAACAAUGGUAUUUGUCCUUUAGUUACAAACAAAAUGUAAUUCGUAAGAAAAUGCGAAAAAAAGAGGAAAAACAUUACAGUUUGCAAGAAUAAACAAUAUGUAGCCAAGUUGUGCAUGCAUACCGCAUUUCUUACAGCCGUUAGAUAAAAAAUGAACGAUUAAGAUACACUGGACCAAGUUGCGGGCCAUCCUGUUAUCCAUGGAGGGGAUCCUAUAUAUGUAUGUAUAUAUAUACACACAUACAUACACCUGAGUGCUUGCAGAAUCUACAUCAAAUUUUCUUCGCUUUCUUUUGUUCUAAGACGAUGAAAACCCGAAGAGGAAGGCACUCUGAGGCAUUUUGGCCAUCAAUGGUGAUGAAGAAAUGGUUAAACAUUCAACCAAAGCAUAAUGACUUUAGUGAAGAUGAAGUAGAUACAGAGGCUGAAAGUGAAGAUGAUGUUUGCUCUCUUAAAGAUGAAAGAACUCGUUUUGAUAAGAACUAUGUUUGUAGAAUACCGAGAAACGUGUCUUCAUGUACAAGUCAAAUCUCAGAUGGGAUGCCGGCAAAAGGGGUUGUGAAACAUAAAAGGGGGAAAUCAGAGACAAUGCGUGUUCACUAUAUUAAAACAAAAGAUGUGAGGAUGACGAUUGGAACAUGGAAUGUUGCUGGAAGGCUCCCAAAUGAAGAUCUUGAGAUCGAUAAGUGGCUUUGUAUGCAUCAACCAGCUGAUAUAUACAUUCUUGGUUUCCAGGAAGUUGUCCCCUUGAGUGCUGGGAAUGUUUUGGGAGCUGAAACUCGUAGGCCGAUAUCAAAGUGGGAAGCAAUCAUUCGAAAAGCUUUGAACAGAUCAACAGAGCCAGUGGCCAUACCGAAAAGCUACAGUGCUCCAACUUCUCCCAUCUCAAACAAAGAUGGUGAUUAUGGCUCCACCAAGAUAAGCGUUCCAGAAAGAAAAGUGAUCAAUAGAUUGGAUUGGCCCGAAAUUGCUUUGGACCUAAAGCCGAAAGUUCUGUCUUCUGGUGCAAAGCUACGAAGGGUGUUAAGCAGCUCGGCAAGAGUGAGUUCUGAUUGGUUGGCACCUCAAGAUAACGGCGGGGGGUUAAAAAGGGUGCAUCAUAGCUCGGGUGACUUGGGUUUGCUCUGGACCGAGCAGCAAGAAAGGACCGAUAUGGUGGAUUCGCUUGAUGAUGUUUCAGAACAAGUGUUGGAAGAGGAGGAUGAUUCUUUUGAAGAUGCAACAGAAGUGGAGCGUGAAAAAGCGUGCUUGGAUGGUCAAGAAAACUCGCAUCAUAGGUAUGUACGAAUCGUUAGUAAGCAGAUGGUGGGCAUAUACAUUUCAGUUUGGGUUCGGAAACAGCUAAGAAGACAUAUAAACAACUUAAAAGUGUCGCCAGUCGGCGUUGGGCUCAUGGGAUACAUGGGUAACAAGGGAUCGGUUUCGGUUAGCAUGUCUCUUUACCAAACAAGGCUAUGCUUUGUUUGUUCUCAUUUGACCUCGGGACAUAAGGAUGGGGAUGAAGAGAGACGCAACUCGAAUGUAUCUGAGAUCUUAAAACGUACUCGUUUCUCGUCCACUUUAGAUCCUGAUCAACCGCAAACGAUCCCAUGUCAUGAUCAGAUAUUCUGGUUUGGAGACUUGAAUUAUCGUAUCAAUAAGCAGGAUGCCGAGGUCAGAAAGCUUGUUGCCAUGAAGCAGUGGGAUGAACUUCUCAAUGGCGAUCAGCUUUGUAAAGAACUGCGAAGUGGGCAUGUUUUCGAUGGAUGGAACGAAGGGGUUAUUGAAUUCCCUCCAACAUACAAAUAUGAAGUCAACUCAGAUAGAUAUGUAGGUGAAAAUCCAAAAGAAGGAGAGAAGAGAAGAACACCAGCAUGGUGUGAUCGCAUAUUAUGGUUAGGGAAACGCAUAAAACAAGUUAGCUACGAUCGAGCAGAUAUUAGGAUGUCUGAUCAUCGGCCAGUUAGUUCAGUGUUUGCGAUCGAAGUUGAAGUUUUUGACCCACGAAAGCUGCGCAGAGCUCUCAACUUGACCAGUGCGGCGGUGCAUCCCCUGAUGAUUUUAGAUGAAGGAGAGCUGGAACUAGCAUAAACCUGAGUCUCUAGAUUCUUAAUCUUCUUGAUUUUUUUGUAGAAUUAGGUUCUCUUAACCUUUCUUGAUAGCUGCUGGUAUAGAAGGGAGAUGGUCUUUUUUUUGCAAAAUUAAGGGGAAAAAACUAGAUGCAUAAGCGGCAUUGUUGCAAUACUGUGUAUAGAAUUUGAAUGAAUGGUAUAUUUUAUCGGUUUGA